AUGACACGAGGUGGUAAUACAACCGGACGCAUAAGAGGACGCGGACGAGGUAUAUCGGUUACACCUUCGAGUUCUAGCCCAUCCUCGUUUGCACUACCUUCUCCUGUGGCACCUCCUCCUACUGUGGUGUCUCCACCUAUUGUAGCACCUGUUUCUACUGGUUCACCAACUGACUUGCCGAUGUCAUCACCAUCAGACUCUACUGUUCCACCCACAUCCUCAUCAGUUGAAGGAUCAUCUAUUGGUCCUGAUUUGCCUAUUGUUCAUGUAGAGGAUGGGAAGUUGUUACCAUCUCAUAAAUGUUCAACUACAAUGAAAACAAUAUUCAUGCAAAGGAUCUAUCCUGAAGGGUAUACUUGGAAGAAUAUACCUAAUGAGUACAAGGAAUCAUACUUUGAGGAAUUUAAGGUAAAUUCACGAUAUGAUUUUGAAAAUUGUGAAAUUUUACAAGUGGAUGCGUCUAUUGACCGACAUGUUCAUAAAGCAUUUUUAGCACAAGCAGGCAUACGAGGGAAGCCAGCUUGUAUACAUGAAGAUACAUGGCGCAUUUGGGAGGCAUAUUGGGAUAGGCCUGACGUUAAAGCUAAAUCUGAGCAACAGCGGAAGAAUAGGAUGAGUGAGGUGGCAGGACCCGGUACUGGAUGUUCCCGACAUACUGGAGGAUCUAGAUCUGCUAUUGAGCACUAUCACAAAUUGCUAGAUGAACUUCAAAAGGAGCCUAAUUUAUUUGAGUGCUUUGAGCAUAUGCACAAAAAGAAGAAUGGUGCGUUUGUUGAUGAAAGGUCAAAGAAAAUUGCUGAAGAAAUACAAGCACGACAUGAUGCUGCAACGCAAGAGGUGGAAGGGUCAACUGAGCCACCAGUUAUAAACAUGUCACAGCUGUAUGUGGAUGUUGUUGGUGGGGUAAAAAAACAGCGUAUUUAUGGCUUAGGAACCAAGGCAUCCUCAUUUAUCAAUGAUAAUAGUUGUAGUUCAUCUGCUACUUCACAAUUUCAUCAAGAUACAAUGAAGGAGAUGUUAGAUACCAUGCGGGUUGAGAUGGAGGCUCAGAUGGAGGCUAAAUUACAAGCUGAAAGAACUCAAAUGCAGGCUACAUUACAAGCUGAAAGAACUCAAAUGCAGACUCAAAUGGAAAUUCAAAUGCAAGCUCAUAUUGCAAGUUUGAUGGAUGAGUUGCGUCGCAACGGCAUCAUACCCACCACUUCCACGCCACAACCUCCAACUACUGAAGGACAUUCUGUUAAUUCAAAUGACGAAGACUUGGGAGAUGAAUAG